AAUAUAAUCUGUGCAGUCGAAGUAAGUUGUCAUAAACGUCACAAAAAAGAAAAUUGGACCCAUCGUGUGUGAAUUCAUUGAGCUAGCUAAAAAAGAAUAAAAAGAUAAUGGAAGACGGUAAGAUGAAUCAGUCCGGUACUUAUCAAAAAGAAAAUGAUGAUAAACAUACUAAAAAGCGGAAUAAAAACAAGAAAAAGCGUAGCGGUGGGGAUGGCGAUCAUGAACUUACAGCCCCAACCGACACCUUGGUAUCAUUACCAAAUUCUGGCGAUAUACAUCAAAAUAUAUCUCUCAAGGAUUUAAAAAUGGCUAUGGAAGUCUUGAAUUUGCAGCAGAAACCAGCUAAAACUGCGGAGGAAGCGUUACACAAAUCUUAUCAAUUUUGGUCCACCCAACCUGUACCCAAGAUGGAUGAGAAAAUUGUUUCUAAUGAACCCAUUGAACCGCCUAAGUCUUCUGAAGAUAUUCGUGCAGAACCAUAUACUUUACCUGAUGGAUUUCAAUGGGACACUUUGAAUUUAAAUGAACCAUUGGUAUUGAAGGAACUUUAUACUUUGCUCAAUGAGAACUAUGUCGAAGACGAUGACUGCAUGUUUCGCUUUGAUUAUCAAACCGAGUUUUUGAAGUGGGCACUACAGCCACCGGGUUGGAGAAUGGAAUGGCACUGUGGAGUAAGAGUCAUAAAGUCUGGUCGACUUGUUGGGUUUAUUUCAGCUAUUCCAGCUGAUUUGCGAAUAUAUGAUCAUGUGCAGACUGUGGUUGAAAUAAACUUUUUGUGUGUGCACAAGAAACUAAGAGCUAAGAGAGUUGCACCUGUAUUAAUUAGGGAAAUCACGCGCAGAGUUAAUUUGACUGGAAUUUUCCAGGGGGUUUAUACAGCUGGUAUCGUCUUACCUAAACCAAUUGCCACAUGCCGAUAUUGGCACAGAUCAUUGAACCCUAAGAAACUGAUUGACAUCAAAUUCAGUCACCUAUCUAGAAAUAUGACUAUGCAAAGGACUCUGAAGUUGUUUAAACUUCCAGAUGCACCUAAAACUACAGGUUUCCGCAAAAUGGAACCGCAAGAUUGUGAUAGAGUUGUUAAGUUGUUAAACAGCUACUUGAAGAAAUUUGAUCUGGCUCCAAUUUUUUCUGAAGAAGACUUCAAACAUUGGUUUGUACCUCAAACAGGUAUCAUUGAUAGUUUUGUUGUAGAAUCUGAUGGUGAAAUAACAGACUUUGUUAGUUAUUACACGCUGCCCUCAACGGUUGUAUAUCAUCCUGUGCACAAAACAUUGAAAGCAGCAUAUUCAUUUUAUAAUGUAUCUACCAAGACCCCAUGGACUGACUUGAUGCUUGAUGCAUUGAUAACUGCAAAAAAUUCUGGAUUUGAUGUAUUUAAUGCACUGGACUUAAUGGACAAUAAAGAAUUUCUGGAAACUUUGAAAUUCGGUAUAGGAGAUGGAAAUUUGCAAUAUUAUUUAUACAAUUGGAGAUGUCCAACUAUGACACCAAGUAAAAUUGGCUUAGUCCUGCAAUAAGAUCAUAUUUUGUAAAUGCUAGCCAGUGUUUUCUUACACUUUGUGUAGUGUUUUUAUUAUAAUAUAGCUAUAGUACAUAAA